AUGUGUGAAGACUCGAUGCUAGUAUUCGAGGGUGAUCAAACAAAAACCUCGCUGAGCCCCAUGACGUUCCACGUAAUCUCAGUGAUUGAUUCAUGGCUGAGCAAGUGGAUGGAACAGUCGCGCCAAAAAGCACCCGGUGGCACCACUCUCAUGGGAUCACCGUAUCCGUUGUCCGGGAGUCCCUGGUACCUCCAGGAGCUGACCGAGGAGAUGCGGCUUCUGCAGGACUGCCAGGUGAACAUGCCGAAGCAGCUGCGCCAUGUCCCGGCAUUGGUCUCUAGCGAAAGCCAGCGCGUCAUCGAACUGGCGAGCGUUGCUGACGACGAUCCGAGAGGACUCUCCGUUUGUCCAACUUGUCGCCACGGGAUUCUCCGAUCGCCGGAUGCGCAGUAA